AUGGCCGGAAUACGGCACCUGAUUCGCGGGCUUGGCAUACCACCUCAGCCGGGGAAAUCAAAAGCUUGUCCCGUCGUAUCGAAGGCUACUUACAGGGGGCGCAAGGGAGAACGGAGAGGGUGUGGUUGUUCGGUGGAGACGCCCACACCACCCGGCCUGCCGCCCACGACAUCUCGCCUCGUCAUUGCGUUCGUCUAUCCAAGAUGGCCCUGCUAG